UGAACAGACGCGCUUUUCCUCAGCUCCUCUCGCACUAUCACACACACACACACUCUCUCACACAUACAUACAUUUACACAUACAUACACACACACUCAAACACACAGACGGGUCGCCUUUUGGUACCGACACCCGGAAAGGAUACAUCCAUUCAUACUAAGAACAAAAAGAAGAGAAAAAAACAAGAAGAACAAGAACAACAACAAAAAAGGAAUAUAAAAAGAAACACCGGACAAGCAGGAAGGAAGGAAGGAAUACGAGUUCUUCUGUGGAGUUUUUUUCCCCUUCUUUUUCUCUCUCUCUCCUGAAAACAUGAGGAUUUUCAGUGCUGUUCUACUACUGCUUCACACCUUGGCGGUGUCCAGGCUGGUGAGCGGUGCCGCGGUGGACAGGUAUGACACCGAGAGGCCGCAGCGGCACACGGCUGUCAUCAACUUUGUGGACACAACCAAAGACAGGAGGAUGGAGGACGAGAGCAGAAGUGCAACCACCGUAGCGUACUCUCAGGAAGGAGAUGAAGAGGAGUACGAUGACGACCAAUACUACGACGAGGAAGAGUACAACUAUGAGCUGUCUGGAGAUGACAGACUAGAUAUGCCACGAGUCGCCAUGUCGAGCAAACCCAAAGGGGUUGAGGCUGAGAACACCGAGGGAAUGAGGAGAGGAAACGGAAGAAAGAGAGCGAAGGGAAAGGGAAAGAAGAGGAAUCCCUGUCUUAAGAAGUAUAAGGAUUUCUGCAUUCACGGCACCUGCCAGUACCUGAAGGACCUCCGCGCCCCGUCCUGUGUGUGCUUACCAAAUUACUCCGGUGAAAGAUGUGAGUUCAUCACGCUGCUGCCCGUGCAGUCGCCCGAGGGCUACAGCCGCACCACAGCUCUGGCCGUGGUGGCCGUGGUGCUUUCGUCCGUGUGCCUCACCAUCAUCAUACUUUUAUUAAUGUUGAGGUUUCACAAGAGAGGAGCGUAUGACGUGGAGAAUGAGGAGAAGGUCAAACUGGGGUUAGCUUCCAACCACUGAGGAGACGAUGAGGGACGAUGCAGAAAUUCUACCUCAAAAUAAAAAAAAGAGAAGUGAACCACGAGAGAAGGUCCUUCAAGGAAAAAGGAACGUACACGAAGAAAGGGGCUGUCUGUGUGAUCCUCCUCUGGACGUUCGGAUGAACAUAUUCCCGUAGACCUCCUGUAAAAAACGGUCGCUUCAAACUGGAAAACUCGACGCUCCAGACGAGAGGUGACAGAGGAGGAGACGAAGGAACGGGAAGAAGAAAGGACUAAAUUCUAGACUCUGUGCUGCUUCUUGACUGUGUGAAAAGUCUUCUCAGACUGAACUAAAUCAGAAAAAAAAAAAAGUUUUUUUUUCUUCUUUUUAACAACAAUAAGAGCUCGACCUGUACUUUUGUUUCCUGCACAAGUCCAUCUCUGUUUUGUGUACAGUCAACAGUAUAUUUAUAAUUCUAAUUUAUUUAUUUAAGCUAACUUUAUUUAUAUAGAUUUUUUUAACAGUCUUCUGCAUUUUUAAAAAGAAUGUUACAUUUGUUUUUGUAUUUCCUAUUGGACAAUAUUUAUUUAUGAAACAAAGUGUAAAAGUAAAAAAAAAAAAAGCAGAAGAUCCAUAAGACGUUCAAGUACUUCAUGAAAAGUGAUGAAAAACCUGAUUUCUUUGGAUUUGGCACUCAAACAAUGAUCAAUGGCACUGUGAUGAAUAAAUUAAUCUUGAAAUCGAUGUUAUUUUUAUUAUUAUUAUUAUUAUUAUUUUGAAUACUUGUCCUCAGUGCUCUGUGGAUUCCCAUACCUGGAAUUUGCCAAGUAGAACUGGUGUGAUCUGUCAAGCUGUAGCAGGCGAUGCCUUGCUCAAAGGCACAGUGGUAAAGAUAAAGGUUUCGACCCCAAAUGUGUCCUGCAGGUUCAGGGGUCUCUGGGCCACACUAUUAGAAGUUGGCUCAGUAUUAGAAGUCAAUGUCAUGGCAUUAUCGUACACAUCACUGGCGUCGCCAAACCGUUUCGCUGAGUUUGAAGCAGAAAGAACUGUUUAAAUGUCAUGUUGUCUUACAACCGCUUCAGGAGAAAUUCCCUCAGAUUCAUGUUAAGCUGCCUGAGCAAAAGCAAAAAUGUGAAUUCAAGUGUUCCACCUUUUCAAAUCCUGUCCUGCCGUUUUGAAGUGAUGUUCAUAUGUGAUUUAUUUUUUUCAAAGCGAAGUAAAAAAAAACAAAAACAAAUAAAAGAUGAUCUGACUCUAA